AUGACUAAAUACGAGAGUGAUUAGACGUUAGAAGAAACAUCUGAGUAAUGUGAUUAAUAUACAAAUAAAUCUUAUUAGUAGACAUAGAAUAUAGAAGAAAGCAGAGAAGGUUUAGAAUAAACAUUAGAUGCUGACUUGGUAAAUUAAAUAAAUUAAGAAACUUCAGAAAAUACUUAUACUUAAGGCUAUUCCUUUUUUUCAAGAUUUCUAUGGUUUCAUUUAUGGUAAAUGGCAAAAAGGCUUUGGAAUAUAGAAAAGUUAGGAAGAAAAAUUGAGAUAGAUGAUAUCCCUGAGUUAGAAGAACAUGUAAAAGUAGAAUCUAGUGUAAAAAAGAUUAAAAUGAGAUUGAAUAGUAUGGAUAUUAAAAAAAUUACAUACUUGUAGUUCAUCAAAAUUAUAUGUUAAACAUUUUGGAAGAACAUACUUAUAAUAGAUAUUUAUGCUUUCUUUGAGGUAUUAUCAAAGAUGUUCAGUCCGUAUUGUAUAGCUAAAGUAAUAAUACUGGUAAAAGAUGGUGAUUAAAGUUAGGCUUAUUUAUGGAUAGCUUUAUUAAUAAUUACUCAUUACUUUUCAAUCACAUUUGGUCAAUAAAGUUGGACAUAAACUUAAAGGACCAGUGUUUAAGUUAGGUUAGGGUUAAUAAACUUACUAUACGAUAAGAUUAGUAGUUUAUCUACUUACUCUAUCAAAUAAGCUAAUAUUGGUAAGAUUAUUAAUAUGGUCUCAUCAGAUUUCGGAGCUAUUGAAUGGAGUGUUGCUUAUUUAUUUUAGUGUAUGAUUACUCCUCUGCUAUUUCUGAUAUGUUCGUAUAUGCUAAUUAGUAGUCUUAACUGGAUAGGAAUUAUUGCUAUCUUACUCUUAAUAAGUAUGAUACCUUUAUAAUAGAAAAUAGCCAAAGCAGCUGCAAUUUAUUCGAAAACUUAAACUUAAAAAAGAGAUAAAAAAGUGAAGAUUUUUGCUGAAAUGAUUGAAGGCAUUAGAAUAAUUAAAAUGUAUGGAUGGGAGCAAGCUUUCAAUCAAGCCAUUAAUAAAUUAAGAGAAAAAGAAGUCAAAAAUACUUUAUAUGCAUACAUAAUACAAUAUAUUGAGUAAACUGUUUCAUUGAAUGGGACUGUAUUUGUAGCUCUUAUUUGUUUAAUAAUUUGUGAAUAUACCUAAAGUGUAGAAGUAAAUACAGCAUUAAUAUUUUAUACUAUCGAGCUUAUUAAUCUGAUGUCUAGUAUGAUUAUGAAAUAUAUUGGUUAAUUUAUGAACUUUAUUUAAGAUUUUAAAAUACUUUUUAGCCGCUUAAUUAGUAUUUUAUCAAUUGAAAAUGUCCAAAUGUAAUGCAUAGAUAUAAAUUAUACUAAAGAUGAAUUAAGCCAAAAAUUAAAAGAUAACACUGUCUUAUUCAUGGAAAAAUUCACAGCUUAUUGGCAUUUUGAGGAUUUAGAUAAUAAAACACCAGUUUUGAAAGACAUAAAUUUUGAUGUGAUUAAAGGAGAAACUAUUUCUAUUAUUGGUUAGAUAGGCAGUGGAAAAAGUUCUUUUUUAUAUGCUGUUAUGAAAGAAAUUCCUCGAUACAAAGGUUUAUUCUUUUCAACUAAUAAAAUUUCUUAUGUUGAAUAAGAACCAUAUAUCUUUUAAGGAACAGUUAGAGAUAAUAUUUUAUUUGGCAAACCAUUUAGAUAGAACUUUUAUAAUGAAGUAAUAAAAGCUUGUUGUUUAUUAGACGAUUUAAAUAUCUUAAGUAAAGGAGAUUAAACACUAAUAGGAGAAAAAGGUGCUAAUUUAAGUGGUGGGCAGAGGGCAAGACUCUGUUUAGCUAGAGCAGUUUAUGCUGAUAAUGACUUGUAUUUGCUUGAUGAUCCUCUUUCUGCUGUAGACUCGAAAGUUGCUAAAUAGAUAUUUAACAAUAUUAUCAACGGUUUACUUAAGGAUAAAGCUGUUAUACUUGUUACUCAUUAAUUAAAUUAUGCAUUAAGGUGCUAAAGGAUAGCUGUUUUUGACUAAGGUACUAUAAUUUUAUAAGGAAAUCCAAAUGAAAUGAAUUUCAAAGAUAGUGUUUUAGCCUCAUUUAUCAAAGAAUAACAAUAAGAUGAGGAAGAAUAGGUAUAAAUUAGUAACGAUUAAACUGAUAUGAAUGUUAAAAAAAUAAGUAGUGAAACAAAUACUAACAAUUCAACAAAUGAAGUAGAAGACUAAAAAACAAUUAACUAAAUUUAAAAGUCUUAAAAUGAUAAUUAAACUGCAGAAACAUAAUUAUUAAAAUCUUAAUCUGUGCCUUUACAGAACUCUUUAUUCACUGUUUGUUAGAAUUAAAAAGAUUAAGAAUUUUAAGUCACUUUUGAAUCAUUUGUAAAGUUCCUAAAAGCAAGUCCAUAAAGAUGGUUUUUGAUGGUUGUAUUUUUAGCUUUUGGAGUUUAGGAAGCUUUGUUUACUAUUUUUUAUAAGUUCUUAGCUUUGUACGAAACUGGGAUUUCACUUGAGUCAUUUUAUAGUUUAGCAAUUCUUAUUUACACUGCAUUUUUUAUCUUUAAAUUUAUACAAAAUGCCAUUUUAUCUCAUUUUAUACUGAAGACAAAUUAAAGCAUUACUUAGAAAAUGAUAACAAGCAUUUCAUAAGCUAAGCCAAUAAUAUUUGAUGAAAUGCCUUCUGGCAUAAUAAUCAAUAAAUUCACAACAGAUAUAAAUAUCUUAGAUAGGUAGCUUCCAUCAGAAGCAUAUGUCACUAUUGAAGGUAUAUUUCACUUUUCAGUCAUCAUGAUAACUAUUAUCUUUACUAAUUAUCUUGUUCUGAUACCAAUUAUUUUAGAAAUUUGGAUAUUUGUUAAAAUUUUUAAGAGAUUUAAAUCUUUAUUGAUGAGAACGAAGUAAUUAGAUCUAGAGAACAAAGCACCAAUCUUCUAAUUCUUUUCUAGUUCGCUAAACGGAGUUUUAGUGAUUAAUGUCUACAAUCAAAACAAAGUAUUUAAUUAAAGGAUGACUACUUUAAUGAAUAAUAGCAUUAGAACCUACGAUAUUUUCUUUUUCAUUUCUAGACUAUUUAGCAUUUUAAUUUAAUAUGUUUGUCUCAUUGGUUCUGGAAUAGGAAUAACUUUGGUAUUAGCUUUUAAUGACACUGACUUUGGCUUAUUUGGAUAAACUGUUACAUUUUUUAUAAUUCUUCUAAAUUUUUUCCAUCUUACUUUGAGAGCUAUUAUUAAUUUAGAUACUUUUAUGAUAAGUAGUGAAAGAGCUUUUUCCGUUAUUGAUUUGGAAUCAGAGAAAAUCAACAUAAAUGAUGAAUAAUUCCAACUAAAUUAAUUAAAAAAUGAAGAAAGAUAGAAUAGAGUAUAGAAAUAAAAGAUAAAUAGUGUUAUCGUAGGUGAUAGUUAAACAACUAUUUAAAUUGAAGAGAUGUAAGAAUCUAAUUCUUAAAUCCAAUUAUCAGAAACCUAAUAAGUAUGGCCAAAUAAAGGCGAGCUAAUUUUUGAUAAAGUUUAUAUGAAAUACAAAGAAGAUUUAGAUCAUGUGUUAAAGGGUGUUUGUUUCCAUGCUUUACCUAAAGAAAGAGUCGCUAUAGUUGGAAGAACAGGGGCAGGAAAAUCUUCAAUUAUUUAAUCCUUGUUUAGAAUGUCUGAAAUCGAUACAAGCUCAAAAGAAGGACUCUCUCGUAUUAUUUAUGAUGAAAAAGAUGUUAAAGAUAUUUCUUUAUAGUAAUUGAGAAGAAAUAUUGGAAUAAUUCCUUAAACUCCAUUUGUUUUUAGUGGAUCUAUUUAUCAUAACAUUGAUCCUCUUGAAGAAUACAGCGAGCAGGAAAUUAUUUAAGUCUUAUAGAAGACAAGCUUAUAUGAUGUUAUAAGUAAGCUACCUAAAGGGAUACAUACUGAUAUGAGUGAUUCAUCAUCUGUCUUUUCUAUGGGUUAAAAAUAAUUAGUAUGCCUAGCAAGAGUAAUGCUCAGAAACAAUAAGCUAAUAGUUUUAGAUGAAGCAACUGCUAAUGUUGACAUGAAUACAGAUUAAAAAAUUUAAUCGCUAUUGAAGUCGAUGUUUUCAAAUACGACUAUCAUAACUAUUGCUCAUAGGCUCAAUACAGUAGCAGACUAUGAUAAAAUUAUUGUGCUGGAUAAAGGAUAAGUAAUUGAAGUAGGAACACCAUUUGAGUUAUUGGCUCUGUCUGAAAAUGAUUCAAUUAUAACUAAGAAAAAUACUCUAUUUUCCUAAAUGGUUCUUCACACAGGGCCGAAAAAUGCCGAUAAGAUCUUUUAAAUUUCUAAAUAAACUCAUUUUAAUAAAAAAAAUAAUUGA